AUGUCAGCUGGAACUUAUUAUUUUGUUAUUGUCGGGCAUUCCGACAACCCAAUAUUUGAAAUGGAUUUCAUCCCUGUGACUAAAGAACCGAAGAAAGAGGACAACAGGCAUUUGAAUCAGUUUAUAGCCCAUGCAGCACUUGACCUAGUAGAUGAGCAUAUGUGGAAGGUGACCAAUACUUACUUGAAGUCUGUGGACAAGUUCAAUCAAUGGUUUGUCUCAGCAUUCGUGACUGCAAGCCAGAUGAGAUUCAUAAUGGUCCAUGAUGCUCGCAAUGAGGAUAGCAUUAAGAAUUUCUUCACAGAUGUUUAUGAAGCUUACAUAAAGUUGAUGCUAAAUCCAUUUUACAAAGAAGACACAUUGAUCACAUUGCCUGCUUUUGAGAAAAAGGUUCAGUUUCUAGGUAAAAAAUAUUUAACAUAA